AUGACACAGUUGGAUGGUCUUGCAGACAGCCUAGCUGCCACCUCUUUGAGGCCGGCGGACGCCGCCACGGUCUCAGCAAGUCAUAAGACACCGCUCAAGCCAGCCAAGGCUUCCUUUGCAUCCGCUCUCCUAUCUGGGCAAACGAUCGCUCCUCCUACAUCUAACAAAGAUGCUUUAUCUGAUGCAGCAUCACCAGAUCUGGCAUUCAUAGCAGGGGUCGCUUCUGGCAGCGCAGAUCCUGCUACUGAGUCAACAUCGAUAUCGUCGUCCUCCGAGCUGGUCCCAGUCGACGACACCAUCCUACAAGCCAUCCGCAAACGAGACGAUCGCAUCUUUUUCAGCCAGUACGAGAAUCAAAUGGCCGCCUUCGUGCAAGACGCUUCCCGCGACAGCCUCGAGCUCGGCGCAAUGAACACCUACCAGCGUCUGCUUGUUCAUCGAUGUGCAGACCAAUUCGGCCUCCACCAUCAGCUCGAUCGUGCAACCCACUGCAUCACUCUCACCAAGACAUCGUCGACCUCGCAUCCUUCGGCCCUCCUCUCGGCCCGAGCCCGCGAGCACCUCGCUGAGCAAGGUUGUAUCGAUCCAGCCAACAUGCAUCCUGCUGUAGCUGAUUUCGCCGGCUCAUCCGACUCGUCGCCCUCCAGAUCCUCGACCGGCUCGCCAGCUCCUGCACCAGCUGGUCUCCAGUCGAGCGCAUCGUCCGCGCCCAAAUCCGGGUUCAAGAUUAUGCGUCGUGAUCCCUCCAGCAACCGUCAGUCACCAUUGCGCUCCCUCGAUCACGGCGACAGCGACUCGGACAAAGCAAAGGCACGCAAAGAUAUGACGCUCGAGGAAAGAGAGGCUUCCUACAAGGCCGCCCGUGCACGCAUCUUUGGUGACGUCGCCACGAGCGGCGCUUCCUCUCCUACCUCGGCGACACCACCGCUCGACGCAAGCAAAGAGAACGACUCGACGACAGAGGCAGCAUCAUCGACGCUGGACAGCAAUGGAUCGUCUUCCGUCUCAGCCGCUUCAAGUCCCAUUGCCUCGGUCUCGGGUGCACCCACAGCCCCUCGCGUGAAGAAAGUGCCAUCGUCCAGCUCCUCUGUGACAAGCCAAGACGGAUCCUCUCAACGCAAUCGAGGAAGCGCCAAGAGCAGGGCAGGCUCUGCCAACGACAGCAACAACGAUGACAUGGACUUCAGCCGCGCGAUGCCAAUCGCGUCUUCGUCUGCAUUCGGACGACAGCAGCAGUCGAGCCCUUUGGGUUUGCCAGGACACACCGCUCAAGGUUACUUUCCUCCGGCGCACGCUCCGCAUUCGAACCCCAAUUUGAGGUCAACCGCACCGGCGUUCCAGCCCUCAGUCAGCCAUGCCCCGUCAUAUCCACAGGGUGGCAUGGGUCAGCCAAUGCAGUGGAACGGGCAAGGAUCUUCUCAAUCACUGUGGCCUCAACCGGGUCAGGGUGGAGAGAACGACGGCUUUCCAGCACUGGGCGGCUCGAGACAAGAUGGGAUGAACAGCGCAUUUAGAGGUACACAGCAAUCCAGCGCUUGGGACUGGUCUCGAGCCGGUCCGUCGGCUGCAAUGCGAGUCGGUCAGGAGCAAAACAUGCACGGCGUCAACGCUUGGGCGCAGCAUCAGUCUCAGCAGCAAUACCAACAGCCGCUCUUCAUGCUCAAUCAGCAGCAGCAGAUCCCACAAGGCUUCAACCCCUACGCACCGACCGCACCUGCAUUCUCGCCGCAGUAUACCCAGCUUGGGCAGCAACCCUUUGCGCCCAGCGCGCGGAGCGCCAACAGCAGUCGCGCCAGUUCGCAACGUGGAGGCGGCACAAGGAGCAACAGCCGAGGUGGGGCGAGGGAUGACGCGAUGAGCGUCAGCUCCAUCUCAUCCACUACAUCUUCUCGCUCCGCCAGCUUUAGCGGCGUGAGCGGGUCAGGCAGUGUGAGCACCAGUCAGCCGGCUAACGGCGGAGGGGGUGGCAAGAAGAAGGCGCCAGUGUCGCAUCCCUCGUUGCCUGCGAGGCCGGCGUGGUUGUCCCCGCCGCGGGCGUCGGGUGCCGAGGACAAAGAUGGACAGUAA